CGUCUAAUUAAAAGAUUAUGAAAUAACAAAAGGGUGAUUUAAAAUGAAUGUUAUGAUGGAGCUUCCAAAGAUUGAAUUUUUUUUAAUUUUAUGUUUAUUUUUUCACGGAUACAUGUGCAUUAGCGUGGCCAAUGCAAACAUCGGACUGAUAAAUUACAGGAUUGGAAAACAAUACAAUUACGACUACAUAUCUGUGAACUCAAUGCAGGGAAAUGACGCUAUAUCAACACGUGCGAAGAUCCAGGUUAUACCAUAUGAUCAACGAUUCACCAAGGUUCACGCUGCUCUUCGCCUGCUUUCGUUUUCCAUGAUCCCAGCAAAAAACGAGAACGAAGAAUAUGGCAAUCACAAUGCUGCUUCAGAGUUAAAAAUGUCUCACUGGUUCAGCUUUGAUAUAAGUCCCCAUGGAGAGGUCGAGAAAGUUUGGUUCCCUAGUUACGAGAACCCAAAAGUUGUUGCAAUUAAGAAGGCUAUAGUCAGCCACUUCUCGGCAAGGCUACAUGUCUCACAGAACACUGGUCAGCGUUGGGGAUACGUACUCAAUGAAACAGACACGGGAGGGAAACAUGAAGCCCGAUAUGAUGCUUUCACGACGGAUGGAUCAGUGAAAUUUGUAAAGACGAAAAAUAAACAGAUCGUUCCAAACAGCGAGGGAUUUCAUAAAAAGACGAUUGAGUGUAAACAUGGAUCGGACGUUCCAACUAGAAUAUCAUCGAUUCUCAAUUUUACAGCACCAAAUAAAGUAGUUCCGGGAUAUGAUCCUGACAAAGGUAUACCAGGUGAUCCGACAAAAGAUCAUGGACAAGGGAUGGCGAAUGACUUUGUUUUGCCAGUUAUGGGGACAACAUCAGAGGAUCAUGUAAACCUAAUGUCAAUAUCGGACGUUGAUACAAGUAAAGUCAAUCCACCCUCUGGUUUAAUAGAGGAUAAUCUUGAGGUCCGUGAGGAAUUUCAUCACCAUACUAUUCCGUACGCUAGUGUCAAACAAUACAUUCAUGGGAACCUCAGUAAAGUUGCAACAAUUAAACAACCAGACUCCAUAGAACGGAAUCAUCACUUGAGACAAGCGGUUGAGUUACUUAUGCAGUUGUCAAAUGAUGGUAUUUCACAAGUUGCAAGGCGCUAUAUCAUACCUCGAGUUAAAGUGGAACCAACGUUUAAUGACAUGCGAAUGGCUGCUAUAGACGUGCUUGGUAUCGUUGGAAGCAAUCAUUCGCUCUCUAUUAUUGUGAAGCAUGUGCUCAAAAACAGGAGACCCGAUGCCAAACUAAUAAUGGGAGCUUUGCUACAUUUUGUGGACCGCUCGCAUCCACCACCCCAGGACGCCGUGGUUGCAGUACAUAAUCUGGCAUUUUCUAACAAGACAUUUUUCGCAGAUGACGAUGAUGAAUAUGACGUAAGAAACAGAGCGAUGUUAGUCUUAGGUUCUAUUGCCAAGACUCUUAAUGAGCACCACGUUCCACUUGGACUCGUCAUUCUUGAACAGAUACACACUCAGCUUGGAUACCACGAUGAAACAAAUCACCGACAACGUCGUGAACGUAUGUCUGAACAGGAGUUGGAAAAGCAUUUGCACCAGAAGGCAGGGCUUAUCCAUGCUUUAGGCAACGCCGGACACGAAGUAUCGUUUUCAUAUAUUUUGUCGUAUAUCAGGCAUAGCUCUACCCCAUCUCUCCUGAAACGUAGUGCUGUACAUGCACUAAAAAGUUUUCACAACGAUGAGGCAGCGGAUCAUAUUCUAUCAGUUGCCUUAAAUGAUCCCGAGGAUCAUGUCCGAUACCACGCAGGCCUACAGUACUGGCAACACCCGCAUGCAGCUAAAGUUGACGAGAUCAAAAAUGUUGUUUUUCAUGGUUACCGAAACGUAAGUCUCUAUAAGAGGGCAGUCGCAUCUGUAAAACAUCAUAGGCAGAAACGAGGCAUUGAUAUCUUCAAAGGAAUCGAAUUUAAAUUAGAGCUGCCAGGUAUAGACUGGAAGAAAUCAAUUGGAAUUUCUAGUAUCGGUGCGAAGUUUGGACUAGUAAUGAGAAACAUUAUGGACCUACAAAUAAAACCUUUGAAAGGCCAUUUCCUGAUUGACAUAUACGACACAGCCUAUGCUAGAGGGGUGGUGGGUUUCCUUGGUGUUGAUAUCAAGUUCUUCUUUGCCCAGCUGUGCUUCAAUGGAGAAGUGAAGUAUGGUCUUAAUAUCCUCCAGGAAUUUGGCUUUGACGAUCCUCAAAAAUUGGUGAAGCUGUACGACACAGUGGUCAACAAAGUCAUUGGCAACGUUAAGAAAACAAUUAUCAGAUUCAGUGAAAUCAUGAAGCGGCAUCGAGACACUUCUCUGUCUGGUUUGUUUGACGCUUUGAUUGAUGCAAUCAAAGAUAUCCCGAAACGCAUAAACUUGAAAGCAACCAUAAACAAUGUACUUGCCAAGUUUGAAGAGUAUAGUUUACUACCAGAUGUUAUUGAAAAUAUCAAGGCUCUUAUUCGGCGUAUCCAGACUCUGGUCAAUGAUGUCAGAAAAGAUGUCAUGGAAUUUUACAAUUCAAUUGCGGAUGCAGUAGAAAUAACGCUACCAUGGGCAGCACAACAGAUUGAAGAUGCACUAAGAAAUGCUGCAAAAAGUGUCAAAAAUCUAUUGAAAGCUCCUAAGACUGCUAUAGCUACCCUCGCAAAAUCUGUCCUCCAGAUUCAGAUGGCUAUUAAGAGCGUAUUUGAUGCGAAGACAAGAAUUGAGGAAGCUACAUUUUUCCUUAAAGAUGAAAAGCCGUAUUGGUUUGAUUUGAAGAAGGUGUUUGGGGAAGUACGAGAAGAUUUCAAAAUGGCAAUGGAAUCUGUGAAAAGGUUGAAAGACUGGUCGAUGUCGGCAUUGUCAGGAGAUGAGGAACACUUUAAAAAGUUCUUUGCUGUGGAUUUGAAAUUGGUACGACAGCAGAUCGUCAAUGAACUAUUAGCAAGUCUUACAGAUACGGAUGGGCUUUUUGGUGGCGUGAUAGAUGUACUUCAACCAUUUAUACAAACGUACCAAGAUGUUAGAAUGUCCAUACAAGAUCUAGCUGAAGCAUUCAGGGGUCUCAAAGAAGGAUAUGAAAUUGCGAAGUCGUUGAUAGAUAAUGUGUUCGGACCAAAGAUAGCUAAACAAUUUCCAAGGAAAUAUUUAAUGAUCGAGACAGACUUGGACUCUGAAUUUAAGUCUAGUGCUGGCUGUACAAAUGGGUUCUAUCCAUCAACGCAACAUGGCAACUAUGAACUCCAAGGUGCAGAUCUAGAAGUCGAGAUAGGAGAGAAGAUAGUUGUACCAUUCUCGGGCUUUCUGAGUAUCACUGGGCGUCACCAAGUGACAAUUCUUGUGGAUGAAAUGAAAGAUACCGAGCUUGUCUUGGAUAACGUAGACGUUGAUUCUAGCAUUGAUAAAACGAUGGUUUACAAAGAUGAGCACUUGGGUACCGUCGUGAGGUCAUCUGGUUGUCAGAUUCCACACAUACACUUUGCUAUGAAGAAAAAUGGAACUGAUGAAGUAAUCGAUCCAACACGUUAUUUUGAAAAACGUAAAAUGGAACGUCCAAAAUGGGUCCAAAAGUGUGAUGAUUAUAUAUUGGUAUGGAAGGGUAAGGUUCUCUCUGAGGGUUCGAUAACCAAAGGUCCUAUUAAGGAAAACACUGAUCCAAAACAGUCUUCUAACCCAGACACAAGUAUUCCAAAAGAUAUAACAGAUUCCCGGAAAAGAAAAAAGCGUAAAAUUGUGAUUGGAAAUAUUUUUGACAUGAACAUGAAAGAAAUAACUGACGAACUCUUAUCCAAACUUGGCUUACCCAACAUAACUGCAUUUGCUCCGAGUCUUUUCACAUUCAGCAUCAAAGAUCUAGUACUUGGAGAUCUGAAGACAUUUCUGUCUGAAUCGAGCAAUAAUGAGCUCCUGACAAGACUAAACAGAUAUGUAAACCAACUUAAGACAUCGUCAUUCCAAGUAGACGGAUGCGUUAGGCCUGGGACGCUUGAUGAUGACGAAUUAAAGAACGCAUUGAUUCUCAUGGGUCAGCAAACUCCUACUGGUCAAAGAGGCGAAUUAGUAGAUCAAUUUUAUCGUUUUAAAAAUGUGUGUCCAAGUAUAAUGUCGAGGAAUCCAUUCAAGAGUUACUGCCAAGUGGGAUCAAAUUGCCUCAGCGUGUCGUGCUGCGUAGACAUACAGUUAUUCGUCUUUCACGUUGUAUUGAAGGCUUCUGUUGUUGUUGACCCCUGUACAAAUACAUUAACAAUAAACGUGGAUGAUUGGAGUGUGUCAUAUUCUUUAGGAAGCUAUGGUUUCGAUAAAUCUAUAGAUGAAAUUGUUCCCGAUAUUGAAGGCGGACUAGCAGUUACGCAAUUGUACGUGAAACUUGGGAUAUCCAAACAAAGCCAUGUUGUGAAGAUUGAUCUUUCUAUCCGGUUGUGUUCUUUAGUAGAUCCAGAUACAUGUACCCCAUCAUAUCUCACCAUUCUUAAAGCUGCCGAAUUCCAGUUGCCAAGCAGUGAACAUCAAUGUAAUGAUCAAGACGAUUCUGAGGCAACAGACUUGAUAAGCGAUAGCAUGACUAUCGGUGACUUUCAAGACCUCAUAGCGUCCAUAGAUACUGGGGGAGUAUCAGCUCUUAUGCAAGAGAUACGGAGCAUAUAUGCCGAUUUGUUGAUUUCCAAAAUAAACAAUGUCUUGAACAAAGUGUUUACUGAAGACUUCGAAUCAUUUGACGUAUGCCUUGAAGGGGGGAAGAUGUUUGGACCGUAUAAUGCUGAGUUUAUCAAACCUUUACGAUUCUUAUUCAUGAUAGGACCUAUUCCAGCUAAAUUUGUUUUUGGAGCCGGUGGAUCGUAUGGAAUGGGCUUUUCGUGUGGGUUUUGUAUUCUUUCUAUGAAGGCUACGGGAACAGUCAGCCCGAUGAUGGGUGCAUAUGUGUAUGGCGCAUUACGAGUUGGAUUUUCCUUCCUCUAUGCCGAGGCUAGGCUUACAGGAUAUUUACUGACGACAUCCUUUCCUACCAGAUUAGGCUUGGGAUUUAGCAAGUUUCCACUUGAUGUCAGUGCUCGUAUGGAUCUGGUUAUUGUACCAUUGCGAUUGACACUGAAUAUAGGACUAUAUAUGAAAAUCAAGAUUGGUUGGGUCAAGAUUGAAAUAACAAUAUUUCGCUUUAAUCUAUGGGAAUACACAACACCAUCCAUAACCAAAAAUAUAUUUGCGCUUAAUUCCCCAGACCCAGACAACUCUCCACCUGACUUCAGUUUUUACACUGUACCUAACGUUGAAUUUAACGAUAAUAGAAAACGCAGUGCAAACACCGUCGAAUGUUCAAUAAAACAAUUGCCAGGGAGAGAUUAUGUUGAUCCUGCUUUCCAAUUGGCUACUGCUGUUGCUGAUGACGUCAGUCAGGUAGAUAUGGUGUUUUGCAUCGGCAAAUAUAAAGGAGGUUGCGACGAAGAACAUUUUGAACCGAUGGGGGGAUUCUCUACUAUAGUGGCAAAGCCACUGUCAUCAGGUAUUCCAUUGUAUUACCUUAUACAAGCUACAAACAGCCAGGGAUCAAGUUCCACUAUUGAAUGUGAGCUAUACACUUACGACAUGACACUUCCAGGUGGCAGGAUUAUUCCGGAUUUUCUUUCAACCAGCCACCCAAAUAUUCUAAGAGCUUCUGGUAUGGCAGUUGAUGAUUCAAAUAUUCGAACUACAAAUCUUGCAGUUGGCUAUGGUCAUGGUAUCUGGGGAGACCAAGAGGUGCCAUGGCAUGAGGUGACACUUAAGAAAAUUACCUCAAAUGUUGACACUGGCGAUGAUCCGUUCGGGCGCAAAAAUCUAGAAUACUUUACAACUGGGCGACUAGGGAGACUGAGAGCAAAAGCUAAGCACCCGACGAAACCACAUGCCACGGCUCAUUAUAGAUACCCACAAGCUUGUGCCCGGGACUGUUUGGCUCUACCACCAGCCAAGUGUGCUAGCUUUAACUAUGACUACGGACCAAAUGGCUUAUGUGAGCUAUAUGAACUCGUCGAAGGACAUUGGGCAGAAAUUCAUGAGUCUGGACACUUUCACCACUACGAACGGCUAGGUGUAGGACAUGCGGAUGAAUACUCAUACAAUGAUCUAGAUUUAGAUCAUAAUAGUACAUACUUCUUCAAUUACCAGAUCAUAAACGUAUUAGAUUAUGAAAAGAUUUUGACAUCAAAGGGAAUUAUGGCCGAUUUUACUCCACCGGCUCCUGGUCCAAUAGCAGCUGCUACUUAUGAUGCUUUAACACAUGAGCGCUGCGAAGAUUAUGUGACAGAGAUAUUUGAAGAUAGAUGCAUUGAGCCAACUCCUUUGGACAACUACAGAUUAGUAAUAGAUGGCGUAUCGGAACCUGAUGGCCCGCACUCUCUUUGUGUAUUUAAUGGGGACCGGGAUAUGGUAGACCUUCGCUGGACCAGGGAUUACAAAUACUGUUCUGCCAACUGGGACGGUUUCCAUGACAACGAAACUGGGGUAUAUGGAUAUUUAGUAGCUAUAGGAACAGAAUUGUGCGAAGACGAUCAUCAUCCUCACAAAGAUCCACAUUCUCAUUUAAUAUUUGAAUCCGAAUGGACCCAUGAAGCAAUGUUCUUCCCUUUACACAUGCCAGAUGGCGCCUAUCAUGUGAGUGUGCGAGCUUUAAACAAAGUUGAAUUCGGAGGCCCAAUGGCGGUUACUGUUUGUCAUAGUCUACCAUAUAUCGUAGAUACCUCGCCACCUUUUGUUAAUCACGUGCAACUUUUAUCUUACGACGAAACCAACCAUCUCAUUAUAAUGGAGUAUAAUGUAAGUGACCCUCUGUCUGAUAUCCGAGAGGUUGAUUUCUGCCUUGGUCGCAGCAGGCGGGACUGUUAUUUAUUAGACUGGGAGCGUUUUCCUAACACCACACAUUUAGAACAAUAUCAACAUAUACCCGAUGGGAUACCAACGUGGCCCAAGAUUAGAGCCAUUAAUAAUGUUGAUCUAAGAGCUGUUGGCUCAGAUGACACACCCAUCAUAGUUGAUACGACGCCGCCAGUGGCUGGUGAUGUCCAUGAUGGGUGGCUACAUAAUGUUGACAUGGACUUCCAAAAUAAAAACACGUUGUUGUGUGUUAAUUGGAAGAAUUUCUUUGAUCCUGACAGUGGUAUAUUUGAAUAUCGAGUUGGGUUCGGAUCUGUCGCUGGUUCUCAUGAUGAUAUAUGGCCUCUGACCAGAUUGGACCAUUAUAGAUACAACUUCUGUACGUCAGAUAUCACAUUACUGCAUAAUCACAAAUACUACGCCACGGUAUAUGCGACAAACGCAGGACACGAUAAGCUUAGUACAUCAGUGACUACUAACGGAGUUUUGAUUGACAUGACUCCACCAUUACGUGGUUGGAUAAAUGAUGGUUUGGACCCAACCAAGGAUAAUAACUUCACGUCUAAGACGUCAAGUGUACUUGCAAACUGGGGUAAUUUCCGUGAUCUUGAGUCGGGUAUAUUGGACUAUAAAUUAGCCGUUUACAGGCGUCCUAACCUGGACACAAACGGUGAAACCUCAGAUUACGUGUGUAUCCAUGAAUCAGAAUCCGUUGGCAACGUUUCAUCAUCAAUUGACUGGCACCAUUUCCAUCACAAACACGGCGAUCAUAUUAUUGUGGAGAUGAAUGUCACGAAUCGUGCUAGUUCUGUUAUCACAUCAAGGACAUCCGGUGUCAAAGUUGAUCUCACCGCCCCUAUUGUACAAUACAUCAGGGAUGGAGCAGAAGAAUCUUUUGAUGCGCAGUUUUCGAGUAGUCUUACUGACAUCACAGCUAACUGGCAAUUCGAGGACCCAGAAUCUGGUAUAGAGCGCUUUUUAUUUAGCGUAUUUGAAAGACAUGGGGGUACAAAGAGAAAAAUAUAUCCAGUCGGCAGUUCAGUUGGACAGUCCCUUGGUCCUGAGGUGAAUAUCUUCACUGCUGGCUCACUUGGCCUUCGCAUAGGGGGAAUAUACAAUGUCAGAGUGGCUGCUGUUAACUUAGCUGGGCUUACUACAGUACACGAUACAGAUGGAGUAAGGAUAGAUCCAACACCACCAAAGAUGAAAUACGUCUAUCUUGGAGUUUUCGGUGAUGAGCUGGAGGACAUCGUCGACAACUUUGUUAUAUCUGCUGAGAGUGAGGGGAUACAAGCAACAUGGUAUGCCGUAGAUACAGAGAGUGGAGUGGAUGAAUACCGUGUUGCAAUUGGGACGUCUCCAGGAGGAAAUGACAUCAGCGAUUUUGUAAGUGUGGGUGAUUCCACUGACAAAUACUUCAGUGAUCUACGUCUUCAAGUAUUUGAUUCCAAAAAUGCAGGUCCACUGUACUACGUUAGUGUCAAAGCUAAAAAUCGAGCAAGUGCAUGGUCUGAAGUUUUGACGUCAAGGCCCCUUAAAGUAAUACAAGCAGACACAGCUGGAAGAGUUAAUGAUGGUAUUCGAGAUGAAGAAGAUAUAAAUGUCCAGAAAGAUCCGACAACAGUUACUGCACAUUUCGAAGGAUUUCGUAGUGGACAUGGGUACACCCGCUUUGAAUGGGCACUUGGUACGGAUAUAGGACUAGAUGAUGUACAGUCAUUUACCAGUCACGGUAUUGUACUUGAUGAUGACGAUCCAAGUCACCCAGGUAUAGGACUGCAUACAUCUGGUUCUUUACAUGCACCCGUCCAUCUACAACAUGGCCAGUAUUACCAUGUUACAAUACGAGGACAAACUGGGGUGAACGAGAACCUGAUAGGUAUAUCCGAUGGUUUCAGAGUAGACCUGACAGCACCAAAGAUACGGUUAUUAGAUUUCGGAAGAGAAGAAACUGUCACCGGAGAUCCAUUUUACCAAAGUGCUGUUGAUGCACUUUCGGCUAGUUGGAAUAUAACAGACGAUGAGAGUAAAAUCAUUGGUUCGAUGUUUUGUUUUGGGACACUGCCAGGACGGUGCGAUGUCUACAAUAUAACACCAACUGGCGGUAGAGAAAGUGUACAACCUGGAUUAUGUAAGCCUGCAAAAAUAGGUCAACCAAACGUCCUAAUGGUCAAGGCAGCAAAUGAGGUUGGUUUUACCAGUACACAAUAUUCACCAUCAAUCACCACAGAUAAUACUGCACCGGUUGAGGGUACAAUCAAAUGUCCACAUUUUAUUAAAGAGCAAGAAGUUAUUGUAUGUAGCUGGAAUGGAUUCCUCGAUGCUGAAAGUGAUAUAUUAGAGCAAACUGUUGCUGUCGGUACGGAGGAAGGAGACGACUCAAUUUUUGCGUUUCUUAAGUUAGCUCGGCAAGUCAACAACUUUGAUUUCCAUGAGUAUUUAAAUGAAAGUUUACCAGCUGGGGUGUAUUAUAUGACACUAAGAGUGAAGAAUGGAGCUGGAUUGACAACAGAGUCAUAUGCUUCACCAAUAGUCGUGGAUAAUACGCCGCCUGUAGUUGGAAGGGUCGUAGAGCUGAAUAACAUCAUCAACGUUAACGCAACAACUGGGCUAAAUUAUGAACAAAGGCAUACUAGAUGCUUAUCUGAUCAAGAAUGUGCAUCGAGAGAUGCCAUAUGCCAAUCAUCAAUGAGUGAUGUUAUUGUUAGCUGGCUACCAUUUACCGACGACGAAUCACCUAUUGUGAGAUAUGAGUUAGCCGUGGGGACAAGUCCAGGUGGUUCCCAAUUAAAGAAGUUUUAUGUCGUUCCAUUAAAUAGUUACAUCACGAAAAUCAAGCAUUUGGACCUGAGUUUUCAAAAACAGAUGUUUGUAACUAUACGGGCAACUAAUGCUGCUGGACUAACAUCGACAUCUACCUCAAAUGGGGUUUUCAUAAGCCGUUUCUCAGCAGGAUUACCCACAUUAGGCGUUUCUACUGUUUCUGAUGGUAGCAGACCUGGGAUUGACAUUGACUACCAAAAGGACCGCGAGCAGCUGACUGCUAAUUGGGACUUCAGUGGCGAUCCAUGUCCUAUUGAAAGUACAUAUUGGAGUAUACAUCAAUUAGAUGGCACUGAAUUUAUGAAAGCAAUGCGGGUACCUUCUUCACAGACAUAUGGUGUUUAUGAUAGCCUCAACCUUCAAAAUGGAGAUGGCUUUUAUGUAAUAGUACAAGGUGUUAAUUACUUAGGUUACACACAAACUCUUCGUUCAGAUGGUGUAACUGUGCAGCAAGAACCAUUGAUGCCUGGAAAUGUGAGGGAUGGUCCAAUAAUCGGAGUUGAUUUUAACGUUCAACCAUCCACGACUGAACUGUGGGCUAACUGGGAUGCAUUUGGGAAGGAUAGACAAAACAAAAAAGGUUAUUCUACCUCAUUGGAUUCUGACAUUGGAGAACAUCAAGGAAUUGAGUUCUAUGAGGUUGCUGUCGGUACUGAUCGCCGCUACCCCCAAACACGGAACAACGUUCACCCAUUUAUACGAGUAGGUUUAAACAGGACAUGGCAUUUUACAAAUUUGCAACUCAUUCCCAAAGUUGCCUACUACUAUAUAACGGUAAAAGCUGUUGGUGUCUCUACUGCUGUCAGAUUGCAAACAUCAAAUGGUAUUCGAGUGGGAUUUGGUGGAAUCGUGAAGAAACAUGGAGAAGUACAACUAGCAGAGUGUGUCCAAUCUGGGACAAAUCUUGAAUUUACGUGGGGAGACUUUGAGUUUGGUCUCCCUGUCAUGUUUUACCAAUGGGGAAUUUCUUCAAACCUUUCGUCUGUUGAUGCAAUCAACUGUGAUCAACUGCAGGUAGUUGAUACUACUAUUGAUACACCGAUGUUAAAUAAUUUUGACAUUCAACCAAUGACAAAUGUGAAAAUGGAUACUAUGGUUCAGAGGCAAGGAUUGGCAAUGCAUCACGGUAGCUCAUACUUAGUAGUUGUUAUAGCAACAGAUGAAUCCACAACAUGUGCUAUGGCAACAAAAACGAUACGUGUCGACACUACUCCACCGAAUACUGGAUCUAUUCAAGUUGGACCUCCGAAUAACUUGGAUGUCAUGUUUUGGGAAGCAGUUGAUCGACUCACUGUUAGUUGGACAAACUUUACAGAUCCCGAUUCGUCGAUAGAAAGUUUCAGCAUAGCCGUGUAUGCAGGGGCACCAUGUGAUGGUACACCAGCUAAUAGCCCGAGUAUCAAAAUCACUGAAACCAUUGAACUGACUGGUAAUCUUACCACUCACACGUUUUUCCAUCUCAAUUUACAGGAAGACCAGCCGUACUAUAUACAGUUGGGAGUAACUAACUGUGCAGGAUUGAGGGCGUCUGUCUUUAGUAAGCCUAUCCUUAUCGAACCAAAUGCACCUGAAGCAGGCAGUGUAAAAGAUGGCAUCAUUUUCAGACGAGAUUUGGAGUAUCAACAAUCUGUGCAUGAUGUAGAAGCAACUUUUCUGUACGAUAUGGAUCCUGCAACUGACUCUUGUCCAAAUGUUAAGCUAGAUUUGACCCCGACUUCGUGGAAUUACGUCCAUCAUGAAGGAGCGUGGGGAAUACGUACAAAUGACUUUUAUCAUAAGCAUCGGGUUCAUUUUACCGGCAAUAAAUUACAGCUUGAAUUAACGCCUGGUGUAAAUUCAGAGAAAAUGUUAGCUUCUGCAGUUGACAGCAACUUACAUGUAACGUCGGGGCAUUAUGAGUUUGAGAUGAAGGCCGGAGGCUCGCAGCUGCAGAGUGUAACAAGUGUUGUUCUAAGAGAUGGCCCACGUGGUGUGUUUGUGGACUUACAUGUAUAUGUUAAUAAUCACAGUGAUAUCGCUAGCAUACAACAGAGUACUACUAAAAGCCCCAUGGACAACAGUUUAACGUUUGAAAAACUACCACUAGAGGGAGACACUUACGAUGAUAAUGGGGAAAUUCCAGGAAAACAGAAUGCAUGUGGAAUACAACUGCAUCCAGGACAAGUUGGAGAGUCUAGUUAUGCUGUCCUAUGGUGUACAUGGCUAAAGGAUACCAUGGACCAUAACUACGAAGUCAUACAUCUUGACUUUGACCCAUCAGAGUCUUGGCACACAUAUGGCAUUAAUCUACAAAUGGAGGACAACAACAUAGAGUUAUUUAUAGAUGGCGCAAUCAAAGCUAUACUCUAUGGAGUUCCUGACAUCAGUGAACAUGGUAUUUUGAGUUUGGGUAUCAGGAGCAAUGACGUUUACUACCCAGACAACAUCGAUCCGUUUAAUAGAGUAUCGUCAAAAGCUUACUUCGAUCUAAUCAGUGUACCACCAGACGCAGAGACCUCAGAUUGCAAUUAUGGAAUUCCUUUCCAAACAAAGCACACGGCAGUUAUUGAGUUCCUUGCUGGGCUAGGCACAACCAAGGAGAGUGUGGAUGUUAUGCCAUUCAAACAGGUCAUCUCAAGAUGUAUGCCAUGUAUAACCUCAUGUGCUGCCUUGUAUUGUGAUCCACAUUGUGCUAGCUCAACACAAAGCUACACAGUGAAAUUAACAAACCUUCACUUGGCAACCAUGCAGAAUGUGACUUCAAUUCUAAACAGCACAACAUUAGAGCCUGCAACGUACUUCGUUCAUAUUAGAGUAAUAACAGGUUCAGGUCUUUAUGCCACGUCAACAUCGAAUGGCAUCACUCUAGACACAAGUGGACCAGUGAUAGAUGUCUUAUACCACAUUGAUGUAUCAGUGUCUGACUUAAAUGAAGCUCAUGUGCAAGGUCAGACUCACACUAUAGCAGCCAGAUGGGAUGCAUAUGACCUAGAGAGUCAGGUGGUUUUGUUCGAAUGGGCAAUUGGAAGUGCUAAAGACAGAACAGAUAUUCAACCAUUCAUCGCAGUUGACAAAGAGAAACUGGUUAAAAGUGACAACCUGACUGGUCUGCUCUCAGAUAACCAUACAUAUUACAUAACACUCCGUGUCACGAAUGGAGCUGGUGGACAAACAGUCAAUGUUUCAAAGGGUAUAUUGAUAAUGCUACCGAAGGAGAUACAUGGUUAUGCGUCUGUCAACAUAACCUGCAAGGACGAGUUUUUUGACACUAAUCUACCAGUUGAUGUGCGUGGAUGUUUCGACCAAGACAGUACUGGUAUCGAAUGGGUACAGACAAGGCAACGUGAAGGUGAUCUAGACUAUUUCACCGUUGGAUCGUCUCAACAUACACCUGGUGACAUUAUCGCGAAGUUACAAAUAGGCCCAACUGAAAUCAACAAUUCUGUUGAAUAUGGCUCGGUCAAAGUUGAUAAUGGAACUAUAAUGUCUAACCCGUAUGGAAAGAUAAAUAUAUCAGACGUUAAUAUAGCUGGUUUUCAGGAAUACAUUCUUGAAGAUCACCCAAGGAAGAACAGAUUUCAUAUGGAACCAGGGAGAACCAUCUAUGCCAGUUUAGAAGUUUGCCAGCCUGGUAAUGUGUGUUCUACAAGGGGUAUGGCGAAAGCAGUAAUACUGCGACCCUCGGACCAAAUACGCUCUUCAAAGGAAUGUUGUCGAUUAUCCAAAUUCAGUGCACUUGAUAACAGUUUAACUGUUCGAGCUAGUGGUAUUGAGGCAGAAAAAGCACUUGUCUGUGGCGUUCUCUCGGAGACAGAUGUUGUUGAAGAGUAUAUGUCAGACGCAAGUGAAGAGUUCAACCCAUAUAUCGUCAACCCAGCAUCGUCAAUGGAGAGUACCGAUAGAGAGCUACGAAAAAGGUUGGGAAGAUGGAGUGGAAUAAGCUUCUUUGUUAACACAAUUGGAGAAGAGCAUCUCACCUCGCCAUUAAUUGUAGAAAUUUCAUUGCCAGUUGAGUCUGAAUUCAUCAACAGUAACUUAACAUUGAUAACAUGGAACAAAGCUGAGCAACAGUGGCAAUUGGCAGAAACCAACUGUGGUGCCCCAGUCCGUAAGGAGCCUGGUUUAAUAAUUAUCAGUGUAUGUUCCUCUCCAUCACCUGUCCGACAUAAACGCCAAGCAGAUGGUGAAAUAUCAGAAUACAGCGGUCAGAGUCAGUUCGCUCUGAGUGAAGUGUCUGAUCAGUUUGUGAACACACCGCCAAGGAUCACAUCGGCUGAUUUUAUAUGGGUAUUUGAGGACUAUGGGUUGUCUUUGAAUUUCUGGAUUGAAGCUUCUGAUGAGGAAAAUGAUGACAUCGCCUUCCUUGAAGAUAACUCCAAACCAGUUACUAUUCUCGGGGAAUCGAGUUUAGAACGAAAUGGAAAAUUAACAUACAGGCCAUGUCCGCACUGCAAUGGGAUAGACAAGUUUUAUUUCCUUGCAGUCGAGCAAAGGACUGAUGGUCACCCCCCGUUAACUACCCAAGGUGAACUCACUAUUGAAAUAAGACAGGCCAACGAUGCACCGAUGCUGUUUACUGCUGUUGAAGGUGUUUACCAAGAAGUCACACCAAAUUAUGGGAUCGAUGUAACAGUUGAACAAUAUGCCGACCACACUGCAUUAUUCCACAAGUCUUUGCAUCUUCUUAUAGGAGCCAUGGAUUAUGACAGAGAUGAUGACCUCACUCUAAAAACCGUAGGUCCUCAUCAGGGUGUUGCAAAUAUUUCAACAAUUGAGACCUUCCAAAUCGUGCAGCAAAAUUGUGAAUCACAAAUUGAAAGAAAGCAAAACACCAAAUGGGCGAAUAUGUUCAUGAACUACACUGGAAACGUUUAUACUCCCUGUGGAUUGCCCCAACAACCCAUUCCUGAUGACCAGAUGAAGUGGAUGUUCCAAACUUUAGUAUACACCCCGAAACAAAACUUUUAUGGUGAAGAUGUAAUGCAGCUUAUGGUUGAAGAUCGUUUAGCAACUAGGUCUGAUGUUCUUACCAUCCAUAUCCACGUUCUGGAGAACAAAUGCAAGCACAAUAGUACGUGUAAUGGCACCUUUGUCGGCGAUACACUUUGCGAGUACACUAACAGAAGUAAUGGUUUUGAUGGUUAUUUUUGUAACUGCAAUCCAGGUUUUGAUGGGGUCUAUUGCGAGAACAACAUCAACGAAUGUCUGCCCAAUCCAUGUAGCGCUAAUUACAGCUGUAUCGAUGGUAUCGACUCAUACACAUGUUUCUGCGAUCCCUCCUGGCCAUGCGCUGGAUACCCUUGGUGGAUUUGGCUUAUUAUAGGGAUUGCUUUUCCCGUAUUAGCAAUCAUUGUCAUCUUGAUCGUGUUGAGAUUGAAAAAACGAUAUAAAAAGAGUGAUCACAAAGUCCAUCCAGAAGGGGAAACAUGUAAGAGUCAGGGUACUUCUGUUGAAACGUCUACUGACGACCUGAAUACGAGCACAACUGAGAACUCAUGGGAGAAAUAUUUUACGGAUCUAGCAUCGAUACCUUUUGCAAGAAUGGCUUCUACUCUGAACAAUCAACAGUUACACAAUGAAAAAGGCCCUAGUGAUCGGAGUGGUGACUAUUCAGAGAACAAUGAGUUAACUAAGACUAUGGAUGAUGAAACUUCCUCACCAGCAUGUCCUGAUGUGACCGAGAUAGGAGAUGAAUCAAAAGACUUCGAUUCUGGAAUUUUGUCUGACAAUUCACCAACACCCGAUAGACUAACGGAAGAAACCGAUUCUAAAGACGAAUUGGAAAAAGAGGUUCCCCAAAAGGAUGCUGAGUUCAUUACUGUAAAGCCUGGGGAUUUGUCGCCUCCACAUCGGGAAAACACAAUUUACAAAUUAAAGGAGGACAAAACAAAACUAUUCUUGAUAAAAAAUAAUGGAAAGAAAUAAACAAUUUUCUUGCGCUUGUAUCCAAUUUCAGCCAAUCAGAACGUGGUUAAUUGCUUGCACUGUAUGAAUUUAAUGCUGUCUGCUAUUUUAGAUUCUAGUACUAAUGUAAUACUAAUUUUAGUGAUAUAGAUUCCAUUUUGAUGGCAUCGGUUUUAUAAUUCCAAGUCGCUGUCAAAUUGACUGCAUUAUUAACUUCCCUUCUCAGACGGGGACACAUCAAAAUUGGGAAUUUGUUUUUCAAAAUGUAGAAUAUAAUCUUUUGAAGAAUACGUGGCUCAUGGGGCAAGAGACUGGAUAUAUGAACUGUGAGGACAUGAAAUUUAUAUUAGAUAGAUAAAGAUGGAGAUGUACACAAAAGAAACAGUCAUCUAGGACUUGGAUAAAUUUGAAAUUGAUGUUUGUGAUGACCUAGUUAAACACUUGCAACACGCAUCC